AGAGCAGAACAUAUAGCUGAGAAAGAGAGAGCCCAGAGGUUCUGGGAAGCUGCAUAGGUCCACUGAAACCACCCUGCCUUUCUCGGUGACAUAAUGACAUCUUCCCAGACUACCUACCCUGGAACGCGUGGCAUUCCAAAUCCUUGCCCACCAACAAGAUCCAUGGCUCCUCAUCCUCCACAACCUCUGAAUUUUUUAAACGUAAGAAACCAAGUACAGACUGGGCAAGUUUCCUUCAUUACAUCUCCAGGAAUCUUCCCUAACACACAGCUGGGUCGAGAAAAUGUGCCAACGGUAAAUCCAGCUCUAGGAGCAGCAAUAAGCAAUGUUAAAGAUGCAGCAAUAGCACUUGGGGGAGUCCAAAUCACAAUUGGAUUGAUGCACAUCGGCUUUGGAGUUGUUCUCGGGUUGCUGAGCACCUCAUACAAUAUGACUUGGGCGUUUUCCUCUGUUGCUUUUAUUGGUGGAUAUCCAUUCUGGGGUGGAGUCUUUUUCAUUGCUUCCGGCUCACUUUCCAUAUCAGCGUUCAAGGAGUUCUCUCACUGUCUGAUGAAGAGCACCCUGAUAAUAAACAUUUCUAGCACCAUCUUUGCCUUUGUUGGAGUGAUUCUGUUUCUGUGUGAUCUGAACAUCAAUGGCUACUAUUAUCAAGACUACUGGAUGGUGCUUUCUGGGAGAGGAAUUGCAGGUGUGCUGGCAAUAUUUUCCUUGUUGGAAUUCAGCAUAGCAGGGGCCAUGGCCUACUUUGCACACCAAGGUAUCCUCCGAUGCAACAGAUCUGUCCCGGUUGCUCCAGCUGUGUAUGUGGCCAACCCCUUGAUGCGAGAGUCUCCCUCAGCUCCUCCUAUAUAUGACAACAUCCCAGAUUAUGCUACUACGCAAUAACAGGCAUAAAGAAUCACUAGUACAAUUUCAUGUAGUAAAUCUUCUUGGAAAAAAAAAAUUUCUUACAAAGCUGUUAUUUUGCUGCCCGGAGUGCAAAUCUCUUUAGUGUUAUAUUUGGAAUUUGUUCCUAAGCUCAAGGCCAACAGUCACUGGAUUUUCUGUCAGUGCCUCCCUGCCAACUGCUUACCAUUACUGCAAUAAAGGAAAGACAAAAGGGUUGAAAACUAACUCUGCAAUGCUCUUAGCAUUAGAAACCUUCUAUUCAACUCAAGAAGAAGGAAGACCAAAGUGUGGAUACUUUGAUCCUUCCUAGAAGGAGGGACAAAAUACCCAUGGAAGGAGUUACAGAGACAAAGUUUGGAGCAGAGACUGAAGGAAGGACCAUCCAGAAACUGCCCCACCUGAGGAUCCAUCCCAUAAACCACCACCACACCCAGACAUUAUUGCAGAUGCCAACAAGAGCUUGCUGUCGGGAUCCUGAUAUAGCUGUCUCCUGAGAGGCUCUGCCUGUGCCUGACUAAUACAGAAGUGGAUGCUCAUAGUCAUCCAUUAGACAGAGCACAGGUUCCCCAAAGGAAGGAGCUAGAGAAAGUACCCAAGAAGCUGAAGGGGUUUGCAGCCCCCUAGGAGGAACAAUAUGAACUAACCAGUAACCCCAGAGCUCCCUGGGACUAAACCACCACUCAAAGAAAACACAUGGUGGGACUCAUGGCUCUAGCUGCACAUGUAGCAGAGGAUUGCCUAGUCAGUCAUCAAUGGGAGGACAGGCCCUAGGUCCUGUGAAGGUUCGAUGCCCCCAGUAUAGGGGAAUGCCUGGGCCAGGAAGCAGGAAUGGGUGGGUUGGGGAGCAGGGGGAGAGAGGAGAGGAAACUAGGAAAGGGGAUAACAUUUGAAAUAUAAAUAAAGAAAAUAUCUAAUAAAAAAAAAAGGAUCCUUCUAUUCUAGUUAUCUUUUCCACAAUAAAAUGUCAUGGGCAACACAA